GACAGUUGGUUACGUCAAACGGCUGAAGAUGGCGUAUGGUUUUGAAAGGUGAAAGAAAGGCAUAUGGCGUACGUUUCUAUUUUUGCUAACGAAAAAGCUGAAUAAUCCCGUAUUACCGCGCUGCAAAUGCGUCCAGAAGUCACCACCGCUCGUUUACACUAUUAUUGAAUUAUAUUUUCGGUGAGUUCGUCGUGACUAAAGCGAAACCAGUUUCGGUGCGCGUUAUUAUUGAGAAACUGACUGUGAUAUUAAUAUUAGUUGUAUAUUAUAUAGGUUUCCUUAUACAAGUUUCGAUUAUUUAUAAGUAAGUGUAUUAUACCUAGUUAGACUGUAAAGUGAACGAUAAUUAUAACCAAAGAGUUGCGAGCUUGAAGUUUUUGCUAUGUCGGACACAGAAAUACAAGUCAAAGGCACGAAAACCAGUGAAAAACAGACAAAAAACGGUGAUGAACAGAUUGAGGGUAUGAGCGUCACAGACGGGGAUCGGACCCCGUCCGAGCUGACUGACCCGGCCAUCCUCGUCGUGUGUAACUCCAAGAUCCGCUACACGCUGUCCGAGCUGAAAGGCAUACGCGAAACCCCAUUGUCGCAGAAGAAACCCGUAUUUUUGGACAUCGCACUAGUACCGACUCAAAUUUUGGACCCGGAAAAGUGGAACUUGGAACGUAAAAAAUCUGACACCCCAACUGAAAACGGCCAAAAACCCGGCGAACCUGUAGGUCCUACUGGAAGACGUUUGGGAGACGCUAGAGAACGCAUCAAAAAGGAGAACGAUGGUAUUGUGUUGAGCCCUCAACGGCGCAGCUUCAAUACCGGCUGUUUUGUCGCAGCUUCGACCGCAAAACCUGCUGAACCACCAGCUGCGCAUAUCGUUGUUCGCGAGAUACCAACCGCGAGCCGUCGCAUCGGCAGCGGCCGAAUCCUCCGGGACUGGGACGCUGGCGACAAGCCGGGCGGCGGGGAAUCCCAGGACUCCUUCGGCGGUUUCCGCCGCCAGAACAGCACGUCGAGCGGAGGCGGCGGCGGCAACGGACCGGACGAGAAGUUCGGCGAUCGCGAAUCCAGAUCCGGGGGCGGUCGCGGCGGGGGUUUCGGCUCCGGAGGUGGCGGCGGCGGCGGCUUUGACAACGGCAGAGAUAAGGACAAGGACGGGCCGCCGUCGAGAAGGAACGGACGCUACGGACGCAGGGCGGAGCGGGAGAUAGAGGAGCCGGAAUGGUUCUCUAGCGGCCCCACUUCGCAAAACGACACCAUCGAGCUGCGCGGCUUCGACGAUCCGAAACGCAACGCUGGCAAACUGAAGCGCGACUCGAAACGCGCCAAAGAAUGGGCGAAGAAGAAGGGUUUCAGCGGUCUCGGCGCUCAGGAGGAGAAGGAAAACGAAGGCGGCGGCCAGGCGGCAGACGCCGCCGGCGGCAGGCCGCCGUCGGCGCCGCGGGACGGCGCCGAAGGCGGAAACCAUCCGCAAGGGGGCGCCAAAAGCGAUCACAGUCUGCUGUUCGAGGAUUUCUUCAAGACCGAGGACAUUAACAACUUGCUGACGAACGGAGUAGGAUCCGGCAUCGGCGAAGACACUCAAACGAAAUCUCGCUUCGCGUCGUUCUUUAAGAAGGACUCGCCGGAGAAGGAGCGCAACAGCGGCCGCUCCUCGUUGCACGACGAGCACAACCUCGUCAAGGACAUGCUCAAGGACAUGGUCGAGGGCGGAGGCAACGGCAACAGUGCCGCGCGCCACCCUCAUCAGCAGGCGGCGCCGCCCGGCGAUUCGGACAGCUACUUCGCUCCCAUCUCGCCGGCCGGCAACACCGGCAAAAAGUUGGCCAACCAUUUCGGCGGCAACGCCGCAGGGGCCGCCGCCAACAAGGGCUUGAGUAUUAUGGAGAUGUUGCAACGCGGCAAUCAGCAAGAGGAGAACAACAAAAAUCAAAUGUCUGGUAAAAUCCUAAAACUGGACGAAAUUGAGGCAAAGAUGCGUCAAAACGUGAACGACGUGGGUCCGACUCUUUCGCACAAACAACAUCAAAUGAAACAGGAAGAGGAUAUGACUGCUUUUAAGAGAUUGCUUGCACAAGUAACUGGAGGACAUGCUGUACCGGCUAGCAAUGGUCCCAUGCCAAAAUCUGCAGGCAUGAGUUUAAUGGAGAUGCUGCAACAUUCCCAGCAGCAGGACGAGGCGGCGCGCCGCGGGGGCCCCUCGAUGGGCCCCGUCAGCCCCGGCCUGGGCCCGAUGCACGCUCAGAACGACAUCGCUCUGAAGUUGCAGCAGGCCCAGCACAAGCAGCAGAUGGACAGCAUGUUCGGAAAGCUGCUCGGCAACGCUGUGCAGAUGAGGGCCGGCGGUCCUCCCACCUCGCCCCUCCACGAUCUGGGGGUGCAGCAGAGCAGGGAGCUGCUCAACCGGCCGGAAGCUCAGGCCAUUUUGCACGCUAUGCACCAGAGGAUUCCUUCACCAAGGGAGUUGCAGAUUCAUACCCAAAAUAUCUUGCAAAAGGCUUUGAUUAAAAAGAAGUUGGAAGAACAGACUGAAAAUUAUCGUAAGAAGCAAGAACAACAGAGAGGUACAAGCCCGAACACGAACGGGCAACAGCCUCCAUUGCAGCAGACGAAGAGCGUCUCGUCCCCCACCCCUUUGGCAUUCACCCCCACCUCGGUGCUUCGCAAGAUGACCGCCGACAAGGACGACGGCAAAGAGAACAGGGGAGGCGGCGACGGUCCGAAGCCCCUGGGACGCGCGUUGACCGCCGCCAGGCAGCUGCAGCCGCAGCAGCAGCAGCUGCAACAGUUGCAGCAGCAGUGGGCCGCCCAGCAGCAACAGCAGGGAUUUGCGUCAGUUAAACAGCCAGGCCGCCCUAUCGUCAAAGCCAACUCGAACCCACCUCAGCAACAACCUUCCCAGCAAUUCUCUCAAAGCGUGACCGAGCAGUUCUUCAACAAACACCGCCUCUUCAAUCAACAACAGCAGCAGCAGCAACCGACCGCCCAGCAGCAGCGGGCCCUGCUGGCCGCCCAGCAGCAACAACAACAACAGUACAGCGGCAGCCAUUUCGGAGGAUCUCAGAACAACAUUAACAACAACAACAACUUGAUGCAGCAGCAGCAGCAGCAACAAGGUUUACCCUCUCACCACACCUCUCACUCCCCCUACCCCACCGCUAACCCCUCAAAUUCCUUUUCCGCUCACCAGCUGAGGGCGCAGCACCAGCAGCGCGCGCCGCCCAGUGCGGCAACGUCGACGGCGAGCAGCGGCAACGUGGCAGGAGCGGCGCAAGCGCAAAGCCAGGCGCAGCAGAUGCAGGGAGGCUAUCAAGGCCAGCAAACGUGGCAACAGUUUCUAAAUAACGCCCAGCACAGCAGCCGCAACAACCCGAUGUCCGUUGGCGGCAACGGCGGCGACCUGUCGCCCACCACCUCCGACCAGCUGGCGCGCUGGUUCUCGCCCGAUCUCCUGGAGCGCGCGCGCGGCGGCGAGCUCCCCUCCACCGCGCAGCUCGCCUCCCAGCAAGUGCUCAGCUUGGAGGAGAUCGAGCAGCGGCAGACCGCGCCGCCGGCGGUCCGCAACUAGGACGCCGCCGCCAGCGAAACGCCCCCGCCGCCGAGACAAGCCGCCCACUGCGAAAAAUGCAUCAAACAUCGAGACGGCGGCCGCGGCGGCAAAGGGGCUGCGCAUGCGUUGUUACCUGAGCGACGGUAUUAGAACUAUGUCAACGACUAUUAUUUUAGUGAUAAUUUCAUGUCAAAAAAAUCUUAGUAGAUAAUUUGUCAAUUUAACAGGUUUCUCCGAAAAUUUUACUGCAACAUUUAAAAUUUGUGAUAGGUUAAAUAAAAAACAAGUUAAAAUUUUCGAAAAAACCGCCAAAAAAACCGUCGUCGGCCCCCCCUAUAACUUGUGUUUGUGAAGAUUUUUUAGGGUGAUUUUAAAGAAUUUUACUUUUUAUUUUUCGUCAAUUUUUUCAGUUGGCAGUUUUGAUGUAAAAACUAGGAUUUUCUUUUGUUUUGGUGUAUCUGUUUAUACAAAACGGGGCGAGGCUUUUCGACGCACUUGUAUAAAAAAAAACUAUUGUAACUUAUGAACUGAUUUUUAAAAACGUUGUGUUCCGAACUUUUUGUCCACAAAAAAAACCAUCAAUAAAAAAAACAUUCCUCAUUUAUUUAUUGAAAGAAUCGUCAUAUAAAAGGUCAAUACAGCUUUAAAUGUUCAAAAUGCCAUGACAUUUCUACUCAUUCAAUUUCUAGCAGGGGCAAAACUGUAAAUUCGGUCCCUGCAACUGUAUAAUACAUGAUUUUGUAUAUAAAUCGUCAAAUGUGACAUUUGUUUGAGAUUAAUUAAAUAAUUCAGCAAAAUAAACUCUUUUAUUUACCCAA